AAGCGGCCAAAUACACGAUAUAUAUAUAUAUAUAUAUAUGAAACAAUAUUCAAAUCGUAUGAACAAAAUUAUUAAAACCAGCUUAGGUUGAUUAUUGUUAGAAAUAGUUGGCCAAAGAACAACAGAAAGAAAACAAUUACCAAAUGAAUCCAUGCAUGUAUAUAUUUACUAUUUAGUGAUGAGAGAAUAUUGAGAAUCUGUUCUCUAGUUUCUUCUCUCUUAGGGAGCUUAACAAAGAAAGAGGAGAGAAACCUAAGGAACCUUGGAAAUGACUGUAGAUUCAAUCGAUAAUGCCGCAUUUUCGAUCGACCAUGCCUCCUCGGAUUCGAAAGUUGAAGAAAUUAACGAUGCACCAAUAGAGCAAGUCAAGUUAACGGUUCCAAUAACAGAUGAUCCGACAUUGCCUUGUCUAACGUUCCGAACAUGGUUUCUAGGGAUAACUUCAUGUGCACUUCUAGCUUUCCUGGGACAAUUCUUUGGUUACCGCCAGAACCCGCUUUCUUUAUCCUCAGUUUGUAUUCAAAUUGUUGUUCUACCUAUCGGGAAAGUAAUGGCAGCAACUCUUCCGACGAAAUCCAUAACCAUCCCAUUGACGAAUUGGAAAUUUACGCUUAAUCCAGGACCAUUCAAUAUGAAAGAACAUGUAUUGAUCACAAUAUUUGCGAAUACAGGAUCAAGUGGUGUCUAUGCUGUCAAUAUUAUUACCAUUGUCAAAGCUUUUUAUCAUAAAAACCUGCAUCCUAUGGCUGCAAUGUUGUUGACACAGACCACACAGAUGUUGGGGUAUGGCUGGGCUGGUUUGUUCAGAAAAUAUCUUGUGGAUUCUCCAUAUAUGUGGUGGCCGUCAAAUCUUGUUCAAGUCUCACUUUUCAGAGCAUUGCAUGAAGUAGAGAGGAGACCUAAAGGAGGGCUAACAAGAUUACAGUUCUUUUUGGCUGUCUUAGUAGCAAGUUUUUCAUACUAUGUAAUCCCAGGUUACUUCUUUCCUUCGAUUACAUCUCUAUCCUUGGUUUGCUGGAUAUGGAAAGACUCAAUCACAGCUCAACAGAUUGGUUCUGGUCUCCAUGGCCUUGGUGUUGGUUCAUUCGCUUUUGAUUGGAAUACUGUAGCUAGCUUCUUAGGAAGUCCUUUAGCUACUCCGGCUUUCGCCAUUGUGAACAUACUUGCUGGGUUCUUCCUCAUUGUUUAUGUUUGCAUUCCUAUUUCUUACUGGAAUAAUAUAUAUGAAGCAAAACGUUUCCCUAUCUAUUCCUCCCAUGUGUUCACCUCUACCGGCGAGUCAUACAAUCUCUCACGGGCAUUUAAUGCGGAUACGUUCCAAUUCGACCAAGUUGGAUACGAUGCUUACAGCCCAGUUUAUUUGAGCAUUUUCUUUGCUUUCGCAUAUGGGUUAAGCUUUGCAACUCUUACAGCAACCCUCUCGCAUGUUGCACUCUUCCAUGGAAAGACUAUUGCAAAAAUGUGGAGACAAACCAGAGCAACGGUUCACGAUAACAUUGGAGAUGUACAUAAUAGAUUGAUGAGAAGUUAUGAACCAGUUCCUCAAUGGUGGUUUUAUACUAUCUUGUUUAUAAUGGUGUCUCUUGCUCUGAUUGCAUGCGAAGGAUUCGGUAGACAAUUGCAACUUCCAUAUUGGGGAAUUUUACUUGCUUGUGCAUUAGCUCUAUUUUUCACGUUACCUAUCGGUAUAAUCGCAGCUACCACAAAUCAGGCACCUGGAUUAAAUGUGAUUACUGAAUUGGUUAUUGGAUACUUAUACCCGGGGAAACCUCUUGCAAAUGUGGCUUUUAAGACCUAUGGUUAUAUCAGUAUGACUCAAGCCUUAACUUUUCUUGGAGAUUUCAAACUUGGUCAUUACAUGAAGAUCCCUCCUAAGGCCAUGUUUUUUGUUCAGUUGGUGGGUACUGUAGUCGCAUCAUCUGUCUACUUCGGAACGUCAUGGUGGCUAUUGACAACGGUAGAGAACAUAUGUGACCCAUCGAAGUUACCUGACGGAAGUCCAUGGACUUGUCCCAGCGACGAUGUGUUCUACAACGCAUCUAUAAUAUGGGGUGUAAUUGGACCAUUACGUAUGUUUGGAGCGUUAGGAGUAUAUGUGAAACUAAAUUGGUUCUUCCUCAUUGGUUUACUAGCUCCUGUACCUGUUUGGUUACUAACAAAAAUAUUCCCAGAGAAAAAAUGGAUUAGACUGAUCAAUAUGCCUGUAAUCCUGGGAGCUACAAUGAACAUGCCCCCAGCAAGGGCAGUAAACUAUAUAUCAUGGGGUGUUGUUGGAAUCUUCUUCAACUGUUAUAUUUACAAAAAAUAUAAGAGUUGGUGGGCAAGACACAAUUACAUUUUAUCAGCUGGAUUGGAUGCUGGGAUUGCUUUCAUGGCGUUAUUAGCGUAUGUGACUCUUCAAAGCAAGGAUAUAAAUGGUGUAGAUUGGUGGGGUUUGACAUUUGACGAUCACUGUCCCUUGGCUACAUGCCCUACAGCUCCUGGGGUUGUAGCCGAAGGAUGUCCUGUUCAAUAGUGAAAGUUACAACAUACGGAAUAUAGGUACUUGAGUUUAUGGGCUAUAAUUGCGUAUCUUGUAAUCUCUAUUGUAAUCUCUACAUGUGUAUAAAAUUAGGAUUGCAUGUAAAUCUAUGGCAUGGUUUCAGUGUGUACAGUUCAUAAAUUAAUUCUCUUUAUGAUAUAGAUCAAAAAAUAAUGAGCUUGGAAA